AUUCAUCCCAAUGCAACCACUCACCUCUCACUUUGCACUCAGUACUUCCUCCUCCUCCUCUCUCCCUCUCUCUGCCUCUCUCUCACCUUAGUUUCUCUCUCUAAACACGUAAACAAUGGCUUUUACUCUUUCUCACUCCACCAUUGCUCUUCUGUUCUUUGUCCUCAAUAUAUGUCUUCAAGGUACUUUUGGUGACAAUGGAGGUGGAUGGGAAGGUGGCCAUGCCACAUUUUAUGGUGGUGGUGAUGCCUCUGGUACAAUGGGAGGUGCUUGUGGAUAUGGAAACUUGUAUAGUCAAGGGUACGGAACCAACACUGCAGCACUGAGCACAGCUCUCUUCAACGAUGGCUUGAGCUGCGGGUCUUGUUAUGAGAUGAAAUGUGAUAGUGACCCCAAAUGGUGCCUCCCCGGCAGCAUCAUUGUCACCGCCACCAACUUCUGCCCUCCUAACUUUGCUCAGUCCAACGACAAUGGUGGUUGGUGCAACCCUCCUCUCCAGCACUUCGAUUUGGCUGAGCCUGCUUUCGAGAAAAUCGCUCAGUACCGAGCUGGAAUUGUCCCCGUCUCCUUCAGAAGGGUUUCAUGUGUGAAGAAGGGAGGAGUAAGAUUCACAAUCAACGGCCACUCAUACUUCAACUUGGUUUUGAUCACAAACGUGGGAGGAGCAGGAGAUGUGCACUCAGUGUCGAUCAAGGGCUCCAACACAGGGUGGCAAUCCAUGUCAAGGAACUGGGGCCAGAACUGGCAGAGCAACUCUUACCUCAACGGCCAGAGCCUCUCCUUCCAAGUCACCACCAGCGACGGCAGAACUCUCACCGCCAACAAUGUUGCGCCGGGCAACUGGCAGUUUGGCCAGACAUAUGAGGGCAGUCAAUUCUGAGACUCCUCCGGCAGUAAAACGGUCAAAAAGUCUGGUGAACGGUGAAGGGUACAACCUUGUACGUGGAUGGGAAGAGGAUAGUUGAGGGUUUUUUUUUUUUUUUUUUUUUUUUUUAGGAGGCAACUGAUUGCUGAGGUGGCUAAUUGGCACCCGCUAGGCCUAUCUAUAAUAUAAUAUAAUAUAUAUAUAUAUAUAUAUAUACAGUGAGGAGAUUGUGUCCGUUCGAUUUGAUGAUGAUGCAUUUUGUACCGUUGGAUGUGGUAUGCAGAUUUUAUUACUCAUACCCCGAGUAGGUACUGAACCCAGAUGGAGCAAAUUUGUACUUUCACCUUUAUUAUAUAUACUUAGGUUGGUGGAUUCUUCAUGUGACUUGUAUAAUGAAUUGAGAUAAUUUUUAGAUUUCUA